GCCUACAGCCUGCACGCGAUGCAGGCAUCCACCGCACUCGUAUGCUGGCCUCUGCGCCGUUGACGGAUGGGCUCGUACGUAGGGCACUGUCGUCUCUGGUCUCACCUCCCGCCAUCGUCGACUCGCUAUCCGAGCAGCUCGUGUCCUCGCCGGGAAACCUACUGCAAUGGUCGACGUACGACGUCAUCAACCAUGACCUGAUCCAUCUUCCUCCGUCUGGAUCAAGAGUCCUUUCAUCAUCGUAUAUCAUUCGCAAAGCCCUCAUCCGAAAACACUACCUCUCCCGGUGUAUUCGGAGCUAUGUAACGAAGCAUCCCGACUCUCCGCUGCAGCGCACCGUACCGAAGACAUGGGACAUAGAUCUCAGCUUUGCCGACGAGCUAGACGAGAUGUGGAGCGACGACUUAUACGAUCUUGGUCUGGAGCUCGACGGCGAAGAGAAGAAGUGGUGGAUCCUGAAACCUGGCAUGGCGGACCGGGGCAUGGGCAUCAGGUUGUUCCAUACCAAGGACGAGUUGACGCAGAUAUUCGAAGGAUUUGAACCCGAUUCGGACGAGGAAGAAGACCAAGAAGGAUACGACGCAGAGACCACCAAGCCGGACACUGCAGUCGCAGCCUCCCAGUUGCGACACUUCGUCAUACAAGAGUACAUUGCCGAACCUUUACUUCUAGAUCCUUUGGAGGUCCCACUAGACGGAAGGCCUAAGCCGCAGCCUCAGGAUCUACAUGGUCAUAAAUUCCACCUCCGCGUCUACUGCGUCGCCUCUGGUGCCCUGACGGUCUAUAUGUACACCCGGAUGCUCGCUCUCUUCUCGGUUGUACCCUACGCAGCGCCCGGAUCUUCCGCGGAUAAGUCGACAGCGGACUACGUGAACGAGGAUCUUACAGCACACCUCACCAACACCUCUCUGCAGACGGACCACGGUGAAGCUGGAGUGAGACUAUUUGAUGAGCUUGUGGGAUGCCGUAUUCUUUCGGCUUCGACAGCCCAGUCAGCACAAGCCCGACCGCGACAGCCUAGGCCUUCACGAGCAAUGGGUGAGAUGUUAGGUGCCGAGGAGUUGCGGGCAGCAAGCAAAGCCCAGCAAACGCCCCUGGCGCAGGAAUCCGAGCAGUUGUCAGCUGAAGACAUUGAGGAUAUCAAAUUACAAGUCGCAGAGGUGCUAGGCGAGACUUUCAAAGCUGCACUCGACAUGAGUGUUCAUUUUCAGGCUCUUCCAAACGUGUUCGAGCUAUUUGGCAUCGACUUUCUAGUCACGCGUGCCGAGUCCCCUUCCGCCAAACGGAAGUUCCAAGUGUACCUCCUCGAAGUUAACUCGGAGCCUGCCAUUGAACUGACAGGUCCACGGUUGACAUGGAUCCUUGAGGACCUCUUUGCCGCUAUUGGGAAGGUUUGUGUCGCGCCGUUCUUUGGUGGAGCGGGUGCUGGCACGGAGUGGGGCGUGGGCGAGACGAGGGAGGCCUUGAGAAAGUGCUUGGACAUCGAGGUGCGGGGAUCGCGAGGAUGGUGAUGAUUUGCUUUGUCAAUAAGCAACAGAAGGCACAGCUCAUGCUCAGCCUGAUCCUUAUAGAACAUACCCGUACUUACUCGUAGAGCCAGAGUCUACGCAUCCCGGACAACGAAAUGGUGCUCGUUGUAUGGCUUCCGAUACACAUCAACGGCUGCAAAACAAUGGGCACACGACCAACACACGACUGGUAGUAAUUCAUGGA